GGCGGUUGGACACUUUGGCGAGGGAGGCCUCGUUCUCCAGGGUUCGGCGUCUCCAAUCGGAGAGAGGGGGACUGCUGAAGGGAGGGGCUGUGGGGACGCCUGAGUCCCCGGGCCGAGUGUAGGAGGCAGAGCUUCCUGGCGGGAUUCCGCCCUGGGCCCAUCCUGGCCGGGGCCCCAGGCCCCGGGAUCCUGGACUCGGGACCUGCCCUGACCUAGGGACCAUCACAGCCAUGGGAUCUCACGGCUCCCACUACGAAAGAGAGACCAAACUGGACUUGAUCUUAGAGGAGACCGGCUGUGAGUGGGACUGCUGCGGACCCAAGUGUCCGAGGCUCCUGGCGCCCGGAAGGACUGCGUCGGGGCGGCGGCUGGGGUGAAAGGGCUGGGACACAGCUCAGCCGAUUCCCAAGCAGGAGCCAGGACUGGAUCCCAAACGCAGACUUCCCAGGUCCCUGCGGCCGAAGACCCCAGCGGCUGACUGGGACUGGCGCGGGCGGGGGGCAGGAUGGUCCCUUGGUCUCUCUGAGCUUUGUCUUUCGGGCCAACCUCAGUCACCUCCAUCAGCGAUUCCAGUGCUUGGACAAGAAUAAAAAGGGCUUCUCGAGGUGAGCAGAGUCUACCCCACCCUUACGGCUCUGGAACAUUGAGGACUGGGCCUCUGAGCUUUCAAGCCUUUUCCCCAGCCCUGCAUUGACUGACUGUUGCCAUGGUCCCUUACUCCCCACCCAAUGAUGCCUGUGACACUUCAGCUCAAUGUGAAAGCUUGAUGGAAGGUUUCCCCCUUGUAUAAUAAGGUUCCUUUUCCUUUAUUCUGCCUCCCUCCUCCCAAACUCUCCCUCCCAGUCCAGUCAGAUGCUAGAUUUUUGACCCUGAAACUUCCCCAACCGUGGGAUGCAUCUACACACUGUAAAAGAACUUGAAAUGAACCCACUGGCAAAUCGGGUCAUCAACAGCUUUUUCCCGGAUGGGGGUCAGUGUGUGGAUUUCCGAGGCUUUGUCUGGGUCCUGGCCCAUUUUUGACCAUUGGAAAAUAAGGACUCAACCACUGGGGAUCCCCAGAAGCCUGAGCCUCCAAACAGCCGGAACAACGAACUGCGUUGGGCACUGCCAGGUCUUGAGGUUGAUAGCUGGGUUCGAGGUGACAGAUGAGCAGUUGGAGGUCAUUGCAGCCCAGACAGUGCAAGAAGCUGAUGAGGAUGGGGACGGAGCUAUGUCCUUUGAGGAGUUUACCAAGGAGGCAUCUUCCCCACCCUGGAGGAAUCCACUUCCAACCCCCAGCAGUAUUCCUUUCCAUUCCAGGGGUGCACCCCUCACUAUUCCUGGUGGAAUCUGCUUUCUGGCCCUGGAGGGAUCUGCCACCAGACCUGGAAGAAUCCAUCUCCAAAGGGCUAUGCCUCUCUCCUUUUAGGGGGAUCCUGAAAAUCUCGUGGGGUUCCUCUGCUUCUGGAGGGAUUCACCCCCCACCUGAGUUAAUUUAGCCCAAUCUAGAGAAUCCAUGCUGCACCAUGGAAGGAACACACUGUUCCUUCCUGAAAGGCUCCACCUCGGAGGGUCUUCCUCCAUUUCCAGAAGGGUCCCCCCCCCACCUUCCUAUAGGGUUCUCAGCCCCUCACUCAGCUGGAGGAAUAUUCCCCACUCCCCUUCACAUAGACUGAGUUGCUUUCAAGUCCCCCUCCCCACCUCUCCACCUUGCCCACCUGCUAGGUCGUUUAAUCAGUAAGUUUGGAAAAGCCCUUGUCAGUAUUUGUGUAUAGCUCAA